AUGGCACUGCACGUCGCGAUCGUCGGCGGUGGCAUCAGCGGGCUGUCGGCCGCCGUGUCGUUGCGCCGGGCCGGGCACAAUGUCCAGGUCUACGAGCGCUCGGCCCAUAACAACGAAGUUGGGGCGGCCAUCCACGUCCCGCCCAACGCAGCACGGGCGUUGCUGGCCUGGGGAUUGGACCCCGUCCACGCCAAGUUUGUCACCACCAAGUCGAGCUACCGUGCCAACGAGAAGACGCUGGUGCGCUUCCAUACCGGCAGAGAAGUCGAAGAGCAGAUUCCCAUCCGCUGUGGCGCUCCCUGGUUUCUUACCCAUCGUGUUGAUCUCCACGAAGAGCUGAAGCGGCUGGCAACAGAGCCCGAGAGCCCCCACGCGCCCGGCCGUCCCGCCCAGGUGGCCUUGCGUACCAAGGUCGUUGAAUAUAACACGGCCGACACGUCCAUCACACUAGACAAUGGUGACGUCGUCCAGGCCGACGUUGUCAUCGCCGCCGAUGGAAUCUAUAGCAUUGCCGUCGAGGCCAUCCUGGGCGAGCCUCGCCCCCUCGGGGCGCCUCAAAAUGCGUGCUUCCGCUUCCUGAUCCCGGCCGAUGCGAUCAACGCAGACCCAAAGACAAAGUUUUACACCGAGGACGACGACGGGCGCAUGAAGUUCUUUGUCGGCGACGACAAGAGAAUCGUGUCGUACCCAUGCCGCAAGUACGUUUCGGGACCGUCCGUCCCUCCAGUCGUGUAG